CGAGUAUGAUUGCGAUUAUUUUUUCAUUAAUUAAGCGUGUACUUUUAGGCAGACACUUAAAUGCAAGUUGGUGACAAGCCCCCAAUGGAGACACUUGAUUAAACAAAACGUUUACGUUAGGCUUAUGUUUUUUAAGUGAUCUAAUAAUUUACAUGUUUAUAUAACGAUUGUAAAUGGGCCAAGACAGAAUGGCAUCGUCAGUGAUUGUUUUAUACGCACUUAUGUGUAUCGGAUUCUCCACAGCUUCGUUAAGUGAUAUUCCCGAAAUCACCCCCGCAAUAGAUAACAAUUCACCUUUUCAAUAUGACAAUACCUGCUCGAGUCCUCCGCGGAUUAAAAAUGGUAAGGCGUCCGUCGAACGUCGCCGAAGUGGCGAACAUAUAUUUCUUGUGACCUAUUAUUCCUGCAAGGACAACUACAAACUCAAACGUGCCGAAGAAAAUGCACUCUAUUGCUCAAAUGGUAUCUGGUUUGGUUGGAAACCCAAUUGCACAAAGAUUCGUAAAGGAAAAACGCGUCCGAAGAAGCAAAACAAAAGAUGUGGGAUUAAUAAUGGCGGUUGUGCUCAUCUAUGCAACAGAUCAACUCAUAAAUGCGAAUGCUAUGAGGGUUAUACCCUGAAUACCACCGAUCUCACAAGCUGUAAUGAUAUCGACGAGUGUAAGGAAUCGAAUGGCGGCUGCUCUCAAGUUUGCUUCAACUUUCCUGGUGAUUUCAUAUGCACCUGUAAUAGUGGUUUUAUAAUAGACGAGAGUGAUGAAAAAACUUGCUUGGACAUUGAUGAGUGCGCCGAUCCCAAACUUUCUUGGGACUGUACGGCUGGCUGCGAGAACCUAAAUGGAACAUACAAAUGCCUUCCGUCACUGGUGGGCAGAGUUGAGCACACCGACGGCGAAGGUUUCUCCCCGGGUGAAAUAGUGUGCAGGUCCGGAUUUAAGCUGUCCGCCGAUGGCAGUGAGUGUCAGGAUAUUAACGAAUGCGAUUUGGAGGAUAUAGAUUCAGUUUCUGGGCGAGAGACUUACCCUUUCUGUGAGCACAAGUGUGAGAAUACAAUAGGUUCAUAUAUUUGCCAUUGCCCCGAAGGAUAUCAUCUACUCGAUGAUCGUCAUAGUUGUAUUUAGGAUGGCUCCGAAUUACCGCCAUCGAAAGACCCGCCAGUCAGAGAGGAAACACCAAGGACAACCCAAGCACCCAAUAUACCUUCAAACGAUAUAUGCCCUCUGUUUAAGAGUUCAGCCAACGGAAAGGCUUAGUAUCUCCAAAAUGGCUUAAACUACACUGGUUGCAAUAUUACCUGCAACGCGGGUUAUAUUCUGCAGGGUUCACAAUUCGCGAGUUGUGGACACACCGGUCUUUCGUCCAGUCCAGAAGCCAAGUGCGUGGGUAAGUACAAAUCAAUGAAUACAAUCGAAGUUAAAGCUAUAGGAUUUUGAAAGACUCAUUAUGUAUUUGGUAAUGCCUCCUUUUUCUAGAAUCCCUCGCAUGGAGCUGUCCAGUUUUGAAGAUGGCAGGGCGAUGUGCCACAAUAUGAGUUUCAGCAAUAAGUGAAACAGGACGAGGGCUGCGUGAAGAUCGUCCACCCUUAACCGCAUUAUUCCACUAAGCCGUUCAUUAAUUUUAACUUAUAAAACGUCGCUCUCAUAUAUCUUCACUACUGCACUGAAGCAUGCCAUUAUUUUAUACUGACUAUCAGUCUUAACGAAUCUCGGUGUAUCUUGACCAAACAAAUCCUAACCGACCUGCAAUAUAACUUUGUACUCCUGCCGA